AUGAGUGUUCAGACCCCACCCACACUCAUGCAGCUGGCAAGGCAGGCUCUGCUGAGGAAUGAGGCCUUGGCCAUCUCUGCUCUGGAGAAACUGCCCAUGGAGCUCUUCCCAGGUCUCUUCAAGGAUGCCGUCCAUGCCAGACACACUAGGGUUGUGACGGCAAUGGUGGAAGCCUGGCCUUUCCCUUGCCUUCCUGUGGGGACUUUGAUGAAGACUCCCAACAUGGAAAUCUUCGUGGCUGUGCUCCAUGGCAUAGACAUGCAUCUGGACACAAGGAGGGAGAAUCUUCAGGUGCUCGACCUGAGGCAAGUGCCUUAUGACUUCUGGAGAAUACAGACUGGAGCAGAGGAAGGGGACGGCCCUGCAGAGACUGUGGGAGAGAAGCAAGUUGUCAAGGUCCUUUCCAGAUUUGCACUGAGCGGGCAUCUGACGGUCAUGGCUGACCUCGGCCUUUGGCCCAGCGUUAGGGAAGAAGAAGCAUAUCUCUUGCAUUGGGUCAUGCAGAGAAAAGGCUCUGUACAGCUCUGCUGUACGAAUCUGAAGAUCUGGCCUCUGCCUGUAUGGACUCUAAAAAAGUUCUUUAAUUUCCAGCCACAGCACAUUGAGGAGCUGGAACUGAGCGUGGGGUGGGAUUUAUCCACACUGGCCCAUUUUGCUCCCUGCCUUGGCCAGAUGAGAAAUCUUCACAAACUCUCCCUGACUCAUGUCUUCAAGACCACUUGGGAAAUUUGCAACAGGCUAGCAGACAGAGACGAGAAAUGUGUCAGCCAGUUCACUUCCCAGUUCUCCAACCUCAACUGUCUGCAGCAUCUAUCCAUAAAUUGGAUCUACUUUCUGAGAGGCCGCAUGAAACAGUUACUCAGGUGCCUGACAACCCCCUUGGAGACUCUCACCACCACUGGCUUCCAUCUGUCACAGCGCGACUUGAAUUACUUUCCCUUGUGUCACAACCUCUGUCAGCUAAAACAUCUGGACAUGAGUGGUGUGGUAUUAUUGACCUUAGAUCCCGUGCCUCUCCGAGUCCUGUUACAGAAUGUGGCAGACACUCUGCAGUCCCUGGACUUGCAGGGCUGUAGGAUGAAGGACUCUCACCUCACUCACCUCAUCCCUGCCCUCAGUCAGUGCUCAAAGCUCACUAAGUUAAACUUGUAUGACAAUGACUUCUCCAUGCCCAUCCUGAAGGACCUUUUGCACCACACGGCCAACUUGAGGAAGUUGAGUGUGGAACAGUACCCUGCCCCUCUGCAGUGCUAUGAUGAGUCAGGUUGCAUCUCUGUAGAGAGAUUUUCCCAUCUUUGCCAUGAACUCAUGGAUAUACUCAGAGCCAGAAGGCAGCCCGAGGGUAUCUCCUUUGCUACCCGUACCUGCCAUAAAUGUGCUGCACGCUCUGUGUAUGACCUGGUACCCAGACUUUGUUUUUGCUUGCCAUAA